UGCACAGGCCUCGGUGCUCUGCGCGCAACAGCAACGCCGCGCCGCGGCCCAGAUCAGGAAGUGAAUUUGAAGAAAAUAAGCGACUGUGGAGGUAGAAUGACAUAGAGGGGGAGAGGUGGGAGAGAAGCAAGCGGAGAAAGAAGAGACUAUCGGAGGAAGGGAUCGACCCUGUUUCUGGACCUGUAUUGAGCUGCUUCCCUCUGGGAUAUACUGCACCGCCAAAAAAUGCUCAUAAAGGAAUUUCGAGUGAUUCUUCCUAUCUCUGUGGAAGAGUACCAGGUCGGCCAGCUGUACUCUGUGGCUGAGGCCAGUAAGAAUGAGACGGGUGGAGGAGAAGGAGUGGAGGUGCUAAAAAAUGAGCCCUACGAGAAAGAUGGAGAGAAGGGACAGUACACACACAAAAUUUACCAUUUGCAGAGUAAAGUGCCGUCAUUCGUCAGAAUGUUGGCUCCGGCUUCAGCCCUCAACAUCCAUGAGAAAGCCUGGAACGCAUACCCAUACUGUCGCACAGUUAUCACUAACGAGUAUAUGAAAGAUAACUUCCUGAUCAAGAUUGAGACAUGGCACAAACCUGACACGGGACACCUUGAAAAUGUACACGGUUUGGAUGCAGAAACCUGGAAGAAGGUGGAUGUAGUCUAUAUUGAUAUAGCGGACAGAAGCCAAGUGGAGCCAAAGGACUACAAGCCAGAGGAGGAUCCUUGCAGGUACAAGUCAGUGAAGACAGGUCGGGGCCCUCUAGGACCAGACUGGAAGAAGGAACUUCCUAACAAGAAAGACUGCCCACACAUGUGUGCCUACAAACUGGUCACUGUCAAAUUCAAGUGGUGGGGCUUGCAAAAUAAAGUGGAGAACUUCAUUCAAAAGCAAGAGAAGCGUUUGUUCACUAAUUUCCACCGUCAGCUGUUUUGCUGGAUCGACAAGUGGAUUGACUUGAACAUGGAAGACAUUCGUCGCAUGGAGGACGAGACGCGCAGGGAGCUAGAUGAGAUGAGAGUGAAGGACCCAGUGAAAGGGAUGGUGGCUCUAGAGGACUGAGGUUGUGUUGGACCGUGAAUGCUGCUGCUCAUCAGACCAGAAUACCCAGACACCAGCGGAUUCACAUCCUCCUCCUAUUCCAACUGACACAACAUCUGACCGGCCGGUCCAACCCCCCCCCCAAAUACAGUCUGGUUUUCAGGGACCUGGACCCAGUAAACUCCCAGUUUCCAGCUGAUCUCCUCCACCACAUCCCACCUCCCUUGAGUCCCAUCCAUUUCUAUUUGUUUUUCCAUCCAGUCUUAUUAACUGCUCUGAGGCCUCCAGUAGCAACAAUAUAGAUCUUGUCAGUCAGUCCUCUCUUUCUCUCUCUGUCUCUAAACCAUUCUAAACUGCAGAGAAUAGUGUUAUUUAUCUCUGCAAUUUAGGAUGUAUUUUUAUUUAAGAUAUCCCAAUGGUGUAUAUAUACAGUAUACCAUAUAUCGGGGAGCUGAAUAAUUAUAUUGAAAUAUAUAUAUAUAUAUAUAUAUAUAAAAAUAUAAAUAUAUAUAAACAGGGUUUUUAAAAUGAUUUUGUCUGUAAGUUUGUCUGUGGAUGUUUACUUUUUCCAGACCAAGCUGUAUCUGCUCAGUGUUGAGUUUUGAUCCUGAUUUUUUUUUUUAAUCUGUCAUAGAUUUCUCUCCAUUUGUGUCAUUCUUUAUGCAGUGUUUCCUUUUGUUGUUCAAAUCAGUUUGCAAGUCUACAAACCGCAGCUGCAAGGUCGGGAUUGUGCUGAGAGUGUUAUGUUGUCUCUGCUAUACUCCUGACCUACCAGAUAGGAUUUAUUUCCAGUAUCUCCCUUAGUAUGUUGAGGCAUUCAUUGGCUUUUCUGCUGCUUUGUGAGUUUGUGUGGGCGCGCUUCUGUUUGUGUGUGUGUAUAUGUGUGUUUCUGUAGCUGUAGUCUGUUUCCCGCCAUUUUUCUUUCACCGGAUCAUUUCUAACUCUUCAAUUUCAUCCGACUGUUCAAACGGAUUGCUUGAAAGUGCAGUAAUUGAAGAUCAUUUCAGAAUUAAAACAUACAGUAAUGCGCACACACAUACACAGACUGAGAUAGUACACAAGGAUACAAGUAAAAUGUAUCACUCUGCAAAGGGAAAUGCACAGUAAACCAGCGAUAAAUGAGUAUGUCUCUCUUUUUUCUUUUUGUCUGACAGUCUUUCUGUCUACAGACUUUGCAUCCUUUUAACUGCAAAACUCAUUAUCAUGGCUGUGAUUUUACCAUUAGCAGCCAUCAUGGAUAUACAGCUCCUCUCGCUUACUGUAGAUAGAUAAAGGGUUCUUUGAAAGUAAAACUGUACACGAUCUGCAUCAAUUCUUGCCCUGUCAGCCAUUCUGUCACCUCCAGUGGAUAAAUGGUCUUAUCCAGCGAUAGCAAUAACUACCAUGACACGUUGGUCUCUCCUUUAUCAUCGCAAAUAUAUCUUACUCUUAUCCUGAGAACAGUUUUAGUGAAGCAGAGCCCAAGCUGAAAGUCAAUGGUUAAGUUGUUGAUAAAUUAUUUAUUAAAUGCUGGCUUUAUUGUGUUUGUCUUUGGAUGAGCCGGGUUUUCUCCUGCUGGAAUCUGAAGCCUGUUAUUUGUAAUAGUGUGGUUUUUCGGUAUAUGCAUGAGUGUACAUGAGUGAUGUACAGUAGCGUGUCUUUGAAGACAUCUGAUGCUGGCUGGGUAAAGAAGGGAGGAAGUAAUGGCGCUAGAGGAGUGAUAACAGCAGGCACUAACUGUCUUCCUCUUGUUGACGUCUGUCUGGCCUCCUUUAUACUUUUAUUAUCCUCUUUUCCAUCAUCUGUUUACUUUCCCUCCACAUCUUUUAACUGUGUGGAAACUUUAAAGAGCAAGCAACAGAUAAUGUCAGAAGACCAAUACCAUAAUACUGAUUUAGGUCAUCCGUCUGCAAUUAAUACAUUUGGAUCAACAGAACAAGUAGAUAAUUAUAAUGUUUCUUUCUGUCUAAGAACUUUAAGUGCAGGGGUUUGAUUAAUUUGAUGCCUAGAUUUUUGCAUAGAAGAUGUUAAAAGCAGACCUUUUGCACUAAUGAGUUAAUAUUAAUUAAUGUUCAAUUAAAUAUAACUACUACUUCUACUACUUUAUGUAGUUAUUUUUUUAAACAUUUUACUGGUCUGACCCUUGUAGCAACUGCAGCUACAAUGGCAGCUGACCUUUUGAAAAGUUUGGUCAGUCUGGAGAAUAAUUCAGAAGAAGAAAUGCAGUGUAUAAUCAGAUAAAUUCAGUCUAACUCGUGACAUGAAGGAGCCAAGCAAAUUAUUAUAGUCAAAUAAAUUCCUAUUAUAUCUUUUUUUAUUUUUCAUAGUUCACCAUAACCCUGAGUUGCUCAUAGAAUUGGUGAGAGCAGCACUGAUGCCAGUCUUCCAGUGCCUCUUGAAUUACAAUUGGUCACAUAUCACCAUUUUGUCAUCAACUUGACAAAAUGCAGAUGUUUUCCAGCUGAUUUCUGGCAGCUGUAUUCAUGUGUGUACUUCAUGCAUCAUUUGACAGGAUAAUAUUGGAGUAGUGUCAUUAGCCUAUACAUUUAUGUAUUGUGUCUUAAGCCCAAGCACAGUAGCCAAUCAAUCCAAAUUCAAAUUUCUUUCAUUGGCCAUAAGGAUACUAAGGCUUAAAAAGGCCAUUAACAACUGCUCAGGGCAUCAUUGGCAACUGUUCAAGCGUAAAAGUUUAGACUUGCUUUGGAGAACCUUCCUUUAUAACUUUUUUCAUGUCCUUGUAUGUCAGAUUAAGUUUAUAAACCCCAUCACUGCAGGACAUUUUCUGUUGCCUCCUCUUUAAAGACAACACUGGCCCUAGAUGUCCAACCUUUCCACCUCUCUCUGUGUCCAUCAAGCAUCUCGCUCACUGUCUGUGAUGGGGCUACCAACUGAACCAUGGAAAUUUGUGGAUGUACUGUAUGUACUGACUUUGUAAAUAGUAAAUAAAUAAAUGUAGAUGAACACAUAUAUAUAGAUCAGACUGUCCUGCCAAAACCUACAGCCUCCUCUUAUUCCAUAUUCGCUAAACAUUCAGCAUCACACAGACCAGGAAAUGUGAGGACAUGUAGAGUUAUAGUUGCUCAAAUUUACUGCUAAAACAUUUGCGAAAUAUUGUCAGCUGUAGACAUUAAAACAUAUUGUAACAGAUGACUUUGCUGCGGAUUUUAGGAUGCUCCAGCAAAGCAGUGAAGAGCUGAACUGCUGUGUGGUUUGUAGUUCGAGGAAAAAAAAAUUUAAAGCGAAGCAAAAACCCUGUUCACUAUUUCCUCUUCUUCUCACGUUCUUCCCUCACCUCUCAAUGGCAGGACAGUGUAUAGAUAUAUAUUUUUGUUCUGAGUGUUGUUGUACCUCUGUUGUCAGUCUCUGAACUACACUUGCGUCUCUCACUGAAAAGGAACAUAUAACGGCAGCUUGGGUCAGUUCAUUGAUCCACAUAAUUAGCUGAUGGUGUCAGCCCUAAGUGGAGCCUCGGUGCAAGUUAGAUUUUACCCUCCUUUGGUUACUGAUGGGGAUAGAGGGGAAACUAUUCUACAUUUAGGAGCAGCUUCAACCGGGUGCUGGAGGGUUGGAGUUUAUAGCUACACAUAAAAAAAAGCAACGACAAUUAGAUGUGGUUGUUUGAAAACAGAUACUGACAGUAGGUGCAUUUUAAGAGCCUGCAGAUACCAUACAAACUUGUGAGAGAACAUGGUUUAACAGAGACAAUCUCAUAGAUAUUUGUUGUUAGAUUCCUCGAUUUAUAAUCAGAAUAUGAAACCAAAUGAUUCCACAAUCCCAAACUGUUUUUAAAAUUGUUAAAUAUCUCUUUCUCUCUUACUCUCUCUCUCACUCUGUUAACUUGUCUCCUGUUUUUCUUUCUUUUAUUGUGAAUUUGUGCCUUUUUGUCAUCUUAUCUUCCAAUAACACUACUGUACAUUGGAGACGUAAAGAAAUGAAUAAAAAGAAGCAAAGCAACUGUA